AUGACUGCGCCUCUCCAACCUGCCGCCCGCGGCGUCCUCGCAUCGGCCUCUCGCACCUCGCGAGUUGCGAUGGCGGCGCGCGCCCUUUCCACGAGUGCCACAGCGCCGGCCUCGGCCUCGACCUCUGCCUCCUCCAGCUCGCAUUCGGCGGCGCCCAAGCCUCCGCACCUGCUGACGCUGGCCGACCUGUCGCCCGCGCAGAUCCAGUCGCUGCUGCAGAGCGCCAUCGACUUCAAGGCGGCCUCCAAGGCUGCAUCGCUCUCGACGCCCGCCGACCUGCGCAAGAAGCUCGGCGUCCACGACUCGGCGCUGCCCCAGAGCCUCAAGGGCAAGUCGGUCGCCAUCAUGUUCAGCAAGCGCAGCACGCGCACCCGCGUCGCUAGCGAGACGAGCGUCGCGUCUCUGGGUGGACACCCGCUCUUCCUCUCGCCCUCGGACAUCCAGCUCGGCGUCAAUGAGAGCCUCUACGAUACCGCGCGCGUCGUCAGCUCCAUGGUCGACGGCAUCAUGGCCCGCGUCGGCGGCCACGAUGAGGUAGAGCUCCUCGCAAAGAACUCGACCGUCCCCGUCGUCAAUGCCCUCUCGGCCCGCUAUCACCCGACCCAGAUCCUGGCCGACCUGCAGACGAUGCUCGAAGUCUUCCCAACAGGCUCGUCGCCGUCGGUCUCGUCCAACCUCGCCUCGCUGGCCGGCCUCAAGGUGGCAUGGGUGGGCGACUCGAACAACAUCCUCAACGACAUGCUCGUCGCCUACCCGCGCCUCGGCAUCAACCUCGCGGUGGCGGCGCCUAAGGGCAAGGCGUACGAGCGCGACCAGGUAGUCUGGGGCACUAUGCAGGACGGCCUGGCCGAGCUCAAGCGCAACCCGACCGGCGUCGCCAGCGGGCACGUCACCUGGUCCAACGACCCGUUGGAGGCGGUCAAGGACGCCGACGUCAUCGUCACCGACACCUGGAUCUCGAUGGGCGACGAAGCGCAAAAGGAGCAGCGCCUUCGCGACUUUGCCGGCUUCCAGGUGACCGAGGAGCUGGCCAAGAAGGGAGGCGCCAAGCCCAACUGGAAGUUCAUGCACUGCCUUCCGCGCAAGGCCGACGAGGUCGACGACGAGGUCUUCUACAGCGACCGGUCCGUCGUCUUUCCCGAGGCCGAGAACCGCAAGUGGACCAUUAUGGCCAUCUUUGACCGCAUGUUUGGACGAUGGGAGCUGUGA